GUUUUGUUGGACACCAGUAACCAUAACCAUCGUCAGUGUUCCUCGUCCUUGAGGGAGGCUCUUCUGCCUUCCGGCCUUGCAUUGGGUGCUUAUUCUAGGAUCGAUCUCUGCGGAGGAGUGGGUGAGGGCAUGGCAGGCCCGGGCUUGUUGGCAGCGGUUGCCGCCGUGUUGGUCGUGGCCAUCGACGCCGUCGUACGGAGGGCCCACGGGUGGGCCAGGGAGGCCUCCCUCGGCGCCGGAAGGCGGGCACGGCUGCCGCCGGGGGACAUGGGGUGGCCCGUCGUCGGCGCCAUGUGGGCGUUCCUCUGGGCCUUCAGGUCCGGCGACCCCGACUCCUUCAUCGGCUCCUUCAUCCGACGGUUCGGGCGCGCCGGCAUGUACAGGGCCUUCAUGUUCAGCAGCCCGACGAUCCUGGUGGCCACCCCGGACGCCUGCAAGCGGGUGCUCAUGGACGACGACGGCUUCGCCGAAGGGUGGCCCAAGGCCACCGUCGCGCUCAUCGGCAGCAAGUCCUUCCUCACCUUGCCCUGCGAGGAGCACCGGAGGCUGAGGAAGCUCACGGCCGCGCCCAUCAACGGCUCCGACGCGCUCAGCACGUACCUUGGCUUCAUCGACCGCACCGUGGCGGAGGCGCUGCGCCGGUGGUCCGACGCCGGCGAGAUCGAGUUCCUGACGGAGCUGCGGCGGGUGACGUUCCAGGUCAUCGUGCAGAUAUUCCUGACCUCCGCGGACGACGCCACCAUGCGGGCGCUGGAGAGGAGCUACACCGACCUCAACUACGGGAUUAGAGCCAUGGCCAUUAACCUUCCCGGCUUCGCCUUCCACAAGGCUUUCAAGGCUCGCAAGAAGCUGGUAUCUGUGCUGCAGGGUGCUCUGAACGAGAGGAGGGUGGCGACGACGAAGGGUCUCCCCAAGUCGAACAUGGACAUGAUGGAUCGCCUGAUCGAGGCCGAGGACGAGCAUGGCAGGAGGCUGGACGACGAGGAGAUCAUUGACAUCCUCAUCAUGUACCUGAUCGCGGGGCAUGAGUCCUCCGCACACAUCUCCAUGUGGGCUACGGUGUUUCUGCAGGAAAACCCAGAGAUAUUUGCAAAGGCAAAGGCCGAGCAAGAGGAGAUCAUUCAAAACAUCCCACCAACACAGAAGAGGAUUAGCCUGAGGGACUUUAGGAAGAUGGAGUACCUCUCCCAGGUUAUCGAUGAGACGCUGCGCUUUGUCAACAUCUCAUUCGUUUCAUUCCGUGAAGCGAAGAAAGACGUCUCCGUGAACGCAGGCUACCUGAUACCCAAGGGCUGGAAGGUUCAGCUGUGGUAUAGAGGUGUGCACAUGGAUCCUGAAGUUUAUCCUGACCCCAAGAAGUUCAACCCAUCAAGAUGGGAGGAUUACUCGGCGAGAGCCGGCACAUUCCUUCCCUUUGGACUUGGAACCAGACUGUGCCCCGGGAAUGAUCUUGCAAAGCUGGAGAUCUCCAUCUUCCUCCACCAUUUCCUCCUUGGUUACAAGCUCACUAGGACAAAUCCAAGCUGCCGGAUAAGAUACCUGCCUCACCCCAGACCCGUGGACAAUUGCUUGGCAAAGAUCACCAAAGUUUCUGAUGAACAAUAAGGCCUGGAUCAAACUAUUUCAUGAGGAAUUCCUGUAAAAUGUUUGUCGAUAAAACGCAUUGCGUUAUCAAGCUUUGUUAAGCUGUGAACCUCCUGUGACAAGGAUUCUCGAUUCUAUGACACUAGCGUUCCCGAACUCAUGUCCUUGCUUUGCUGCAU